UUUACAAUUAGAAAUUUUUUUUAAAGGUCGACGAAAUUGUGAAAUUUGGCAAACUCCACUUGAAAAAGACCAACGUGUAGCCAUCGUCAAAGCCAUUCUACAACGUUUUUCUCAUUAUCCGUCUCCAUCUUGGUCCAGUCAUGUCUCACCGUAAAUUUAGCGCUCCUCGCCAUGGCUCUAUGGGUUUCUACCCAAAGAAACGCUGUCGCUCCAUCCGUGGUCGCGUGAAGUCAUUCCCUAAUGAUAAUCCCAAGAAACCUAUUCAUUUAACAGCUUUCUUGGGGUACAAGGCUGGCAUGACUCACAUUGUUCGUGAGUGUGAUAAACCUGGUUCUAAGGUCAACAAGAAAGAAGUGGUUGAAGCCGUCACAAUUUUGGAAACACCUCCCAUGGUCAUUGUAGGCAUUGUUGGUUAUGUUGCCACACCUAAAGGUCUCCGUGCUUUGAAAACGGUCUGGGCAGAGCACAUUGGAGAGGACUGCCGUCGCCGUUUCUACAAAAAUUGGUACAAGUCUAAGAAGAAGGCUUUUACUAAGGCAUCAAAGAAAUGGCAAGAUGAUUUGGGAAAGAAGGUCAUAGAGAAAGAAUUGAGGGCCAUGAAGAGAUAUUGUAAAGUGAUUCGCGUCAUUGCGCACACCCAGAUGAAACUACUUCGCCAACGCCAGAAGAAGGCCCAUAUGAUGGAGAUCCAGAUUAAUGGAGGAACAAUACGGCAAAAAGUGGAUUGGGCGCGUCAGCACUUGGAGAAAACUGUUCCAAUUACAUCCAUCUUCGCUCAAGAUGAGAUGAUAGACGUUAUUGGUGUUACUAAAGGAAAAGGAUUUAAGGGUGUUACAUCACGUUGGCAUACUCGUAAGCUUCCUCGCAAGACUCAUAAGGGUCUCCGGAAGGUUGCUUGUAUUGGCGCCUGGCAUCCGUCUCGUGUCCAAUAUACUGUUGCCCGCGCCGGUCAGAAAGGGUACCAUCACCGCACAGAAAUGAACAAGAAGAUUUACCGCAUUGGAAAGGGAAUUCAUACGAGAAAGGGCAAGGUUAUCAAGAACAAUGCGUCUACCGAGUACGACCUGACGGACAAGUCCAUUACUCCUAUGGGCGGUUUCCCCCAUUAUGGCGAAGUCAAUAAUGACUUUGUUAUGAUAAAGGGGUGCUGUAUGGGGCCAAAGAAACGUGUGAUCACACUUCGCAAGGCUUUGGUCACUAGCGCGAAACGCGUUGCUCUCGAAAAAAUCGAGCUUAAGUUUAUCGAUACCUCUUCGAAGUUUGGCCAUGGAAGAUUUCAGACGCCAGCUGAUAAGGCGCAAUUUAUGGGACCAACAAAGAAAUCGAAGACUCCGGUUGCGGUUACUUCUCCGGCUGUCACAGUUAAGGCAUAACCUUAUAGAGGGACUAGUGUGUAUUUAUGAGAUUGUUGAAUAUAUAUUGAACGUUGCUUACAA